GUUUGCUCCAGCUCCAGUGCAGAAACGACUCAGCUGCAUGGCCAGGAAUAACUCCAUCUAUGUGGUUGCAAACACUGGGGACAAGAAGCCGUGUAAUUCCAGUGAUCCUGGUUGCCCCAGCAAUGGUCGCUAUCAGUACAACACUAAUGUUGUCUUUGACUCGGAGGGGAAACUCGUGGCUCGAUACCACAAGUACAACCUGUUUAGAGGAGAAACUCAGUUUGAUUACCCAAAAGAGCCAGAAGCUGUCACCUUUGAGACCCCAUUUGGGAAGUUUGGCAUUUUCACUUGCUUCGACAUCCUUUUCCAUGACCCUGCCGUGGUCCUGGUGAGGGACUUGCAGGUAGACACCGUGCUCUUCCCGACUGCUUGGAUGAACGUCCUGCCAUUCCUGACUGCGAUUGAGUUUCAUUCUGCCUGGGCUAUGGGCAUGGGUGUCAAUUUGCUUUCAGCAAACGUUCACAACAGCGUGUUGUCAAUGACAGGUAGCGGGCUGUUCACGCCAGAGGGACCCGCCGCCUACCAUUAUGACAGCAGGACAGAUGAGGGACAUCUCCUGCUAGCGAAGCUGAGAGCACGCCCCCGUCUUUCCCCCACAUACCCCCCUGCUGUCAACUGGAGCUCAUACGCCACAAGGAUAGAGAAAUUUCCAGGAGGAAAAUACACUUUUUCAAGAGCUGUCCGGCAGGAUGUAUUCACUUUCAGUGAACUCAGGAGCAAAGCUGGAAAUUAUACGGUUUGCCAAGGAGACCUCUGCUGCCAUUUGGUCUAUCAGAUGUCAAACAAGAGGAAAGAUGAAGUUUAUGUCCUGGGUGCAUUUGAUGGGCUUCACGGUUCUUCCAUAAAAUACCAUUGGCAGACAUGCACACUGCUCAAGUGCAAGAGCACAGACCUGAACACAUGCGGGCAGGCAGUGGAGACAGCUCAGACCAAGUUUGAGAGGUUCUCCCUCAGCGGCACAUUUGGCACCAACUGUGUCUUUCCAGAAGUCUUGUACAGCGGGGUGCAGCUGGCCCCCGGGGAAUUUGAGGUGCUACGUGAUGGACGUUUGAAAAGUAAGCAUGUCACAUCGAAACCACUCUUAACAGUGACGCUUUUUGGAAGGCUUUAUGAAAAGGACCUGCCACGUCCUCUGCAACUGUCCCUGUAA